GAGGCGAGCGAAGACCGAGACAAAAAAAACAAAAGCCUAGGCGACCGACGUCUCUCCGCCGCUGUUUCUGUUGUUGUUGUUGUUGUUUAUUUCACCUAAAUUUAAUCAGAAGCGUCUUUUUAAGCAUCUGCCGAUCAGGUCGCGUUUUCAGAAGCGACGCUGAUCUUGUGUUACUGCGGGUUUAUCGAGCCGUAGCGUUAGUAUCGGUUAAAAACAAGGGGAUGCUGCUGCAGUGGCGAAGACCUUCGCUGGGUUUUAACGGUCUGUUUCUCGGUUUAACGGCAGAAAGCGGCUUUUCUAUAAAAGCGAAUGAAAGCAGGAGGAUAUUUCCGUUGCGACCGUGUAACGUUAGUUUAGUUGGACACUGAAUCAUCGUUGUUAUCGGUCUGAGCUGCAGCAACUUGAAUUUUUCUGCCUUUAUUCCCGUUUGGACAAGUGGGAUAACACGACGAGCAAUGAAGCUUCUGGAGAACUCGAGUUUCGAGGCCCUCAGCUCUCGCCUGUGUGUUGAAACUGGAGACGCUCACAUCCUUGGCAGGAUCGAGAGUUACUCCUGUAAAAUGGCUGGUGAUGAUAAGCACAUGUUUAAGCAGUUCUGCCAGGAGGGGGAGCCACACGUGCUGGAGGCUCUUUCACCCCCACAGUCCAGCAGCGCCCCAAGCCCCAACCUGCUGGGUAAAAGCGGAGAAGACGGGGAGAACCCGCUGAGCGACAAAUGCUGCAGGAAGACUCUGUUCUACCUCAUCACCACCCUGAACGAGUCGUUCCGCCCCGACUACGACUUCAGUGCCGCUCGUGCUCACGAGUUCAGCCGCGAGCCCAGCCUCAACUGGGUGGCCAAUGCUGUGAACAGCAGCCUGUUCUCAGCUGUAGGGGAGGAAUUUAACUCUCUGGGGCCGGAGCUGUGGAACGCUAUCGAUCAGGAGAUCAACCUGCAGAGCUGUGACAUCUACAGCUAUAACCCUGACCUGGACUCCGACCCUUUCGGAGAGGAGGGCAGCCUCUGGUCCUUCAACUACUUCUUCUACAACAAGAAACUCAAACGCAUCGUUUUCUUCACCUGCCGCUCCGUGAGUGUCCUCAGUAGCUAUGGCCGUGGUCGCCUUGACAACGAGCUGGACAUGGACCUGGAUGAUGAUGAGGAGGAAGAAGUGGAUGGCUUCAUGGAGGACAGGUUCCCCCGAGCCUUGUGUGUUUAAAGCUUUCUCUGGGACUUCAGCCUGAGCUUCAGCGAAUGAGACGUCACGGUUUCUCCAUCUCCGAUUCAGCUCUGCUUCUCUUCCCUCUGCUGUUUCUGGAUCUCGGCAAUCAGCUGUUUGACUUCAUUUAUCGUCUACGCCUACCAAAAAAUGAAAAGAGGAAAAAAAAAAAAAAACACCUGUUCAGUUGGAAUUUCUACGUUUUGAUUACUCAUUUGACCCCUUGUGGACGUUCUGGAAAUGCCAAGGAGGUCUCAAACGAGUCCUAGUUGACUGAAAUGGCUGUUUUAGCCAGAGCUCCAUAAGAACCUAUUCGAGGAUGACCUUGAACACUUUGUUUCUUAAAGGAAACCCCUUCGUUCUUCUGUUUCCUGCUCUUCAGUUGAAGAAAUGAUGUCAUUACAAAAUUACAAGUCUAACGUACACCAGCAGUUUAGAUGGGAGGGGCUAAUCUGAGUGAGGAUGUCUGUCCAGUCGUACACGGAUAAUAAGGACUGUGAUUGGCCUCUGGUUUUCAGUUCAGCAUUGUUAAUAGUCUCUCUGACUGUGUUUGUAUUUUUGUGUUCACUUUGCCUUUUUUUAUAUUUUAACUGUGUGUUUUUAAAAACAGAGGAUUUUAAUCUGUGAAUGCUUUUCGCCGCACUGAAAAGUACUCCCCGCCCAGUGCGAGAGCGCUCGGUACACUUGGAUCACAUCUGUGGCAUCUUCUGGAGAGCUUUUGUGAGUGAACAGUACAGGAACAUCAGAUGGCACACCAAGAAUAAUAGGUUAAGAACUUCUGCAGAAAGCUUCAGUUUGAAGCUGGGAUUGGUCUCUGGACUUUGAGCAGCCCCAGUUUAAACUAUUUGAUAGUGAAGCUUUUACAUGGGCAGUUUUAUGUGAUAGUUAAGUGUUGUGAAUUAUCCAAAGUCAUAACAUUGUCCGAAUAUUGAGUCUAAUGGCUCCAGGAAUGGUGAUGCAACCUGAUGGAUCAUUGACCCUUUGUCAUUUGUGUUGAUAAUCUGCUCAUCUGCAGUGUUCACAGGCUCAGCAGGUCCAUUUUGCUCCUUUUCAGUGCUUCCUGGAGCUGAGGGACAUCAUGGAGGAGGACCACAGUGCUUGCAUUGCGGUGUUGAACACCGUUUGAAGGUUCCUAAGCUGCAGUUCUUUUAUCUAAUAUUUACCAGCUCUGGUUCUGGAGAUCUACCUUCUUGCCAAGUCUGUUUCCAACCACAUCUUCUCCAGCUAAUUCACUUCAUCUUGGAUGCAGGUUGGAACGGAUCUCAGGAAAGUAGAUCUUGAGGAGGAGAGAGAGACCACUGCUCUAAACCCUGUUAAAGAUGUGAGAACUUCUGUAGUUUUCAUUGUACUUGACUUUAGCCCUGCUGUACUGGUGAAAGUGUUGGUUCUAGUACAAAACCUUAUGUACUAAACCUUCUAAAGCAUAAGAAGCUUUGACUUCAGAAGCUUCAUGCUGAUCCCUACAGUUCAGUAUCUAAUAGAACAACACUUUCACUCUGAUAGUACAGCUUGAAUAGAGGCUAAAAGCCAACAUGAAUCCUCACUGAAGUUGCUGCCACACGAAACCCACAAUGCAGGAUUACAGUGCUUUUUCCUUUCCCUCUUUUAUAGACCCUUUUCCCAUGAUGCACUGACUGUUAUUGCUUUACUGAUAGAGCUGAAUGUACACAGACUCAUUAGCAUUACUUACCGAUUCAGCCUCCGUCUCCUCCUUUAUCUCAGAGCCACAUGGACCAUGUUUACCGUUCUACAUUUUCUCCCCGUUUGGAAGGAGCGUCAAGUAAAACUAAUGUAGCUGUGUGUUGGAAAUGGUGUUCUCUGAGAUAUCUCUGAUUUCAAUGUUUGAGCCUCUGUGAAUCUUUUCAGUGAAUAAACGUUUUCUCUCAUAACCACAAA